CAAGCGAAACCACUUCUAAACCAGAAUCACAAACAUAAACACUGUCAAAUAAAAGACGCCCAAAAUGUCAACAAACUGACGCCAUUGACUGCCUCAGUAGCUUAGCUGCCUAACUUCUAUUCAAACGUCUUUUAUCUUCUAUAAUAGUUGCCGUCUUAAUCAUCGAGACAAUUCAUAAUUAAGCAUAGUAGUUGAUCAGUUGCAAAUAUAACUGAUAAAUAGUGUAAUAGUGUGUGUCUAAAAGGACCGUGAGAAACAGGAAUGAAGUGUGCAAGUGGUGUCUUGGGCGUAGCUCUAGAGUGUCAAUCAAUCAGUCAUAAGUAAAUAAUUUGUGAAGCACCAAAUGCAGACUUGUUGAGAGGUCCUUGGAAAUUAAAGUUACAGUCCAUAAUUGUCGAAAAGGAACUAUUUCUUAGUCUUGUUGGAAACUUGUUAAGACUUGCACUUUUUAUUUUUCUAUAACCUGUUUUGUUAUGGAUGAUCUCUGAUAAUCUGCUAAGGAACGUGUUUUCUUUAGCAUCGAGUUAAUAUUCUUCAACGUCAUACUCUAGAUUCUCCCUCAGAAGAUCCUUCCUUCCUUCGACAGUUUUGAUUAGCAUCAGGACUUUGGGAAUGCAUGUUGUUUAUUCGUACUACAUGGAACAUUACCAAUAGCAACUCUUAAAGUGUAAGAGACAACAGUGAAUUAUUGUACGUAUAUUUAACAAAUUUAAACAAGUAAAAUUUGUUUUGAAUAUUAGAUUCAUACAUCAGCAGUGACAUCGGGUUGUAGUCCUUCAAGAUAUUGUACUUAAUUUUUAACAGAUUUAUUCGGUAAUUAUUUGUAAACAAUUGUAUGCUAAGAGUUGUGAAUUGAACACAUUGUCAUUACAGAACAGGACAGGAAAAAAGGCUAAAAUGAAUACAGGACAUUCUUUAGAAUUUCCUUUGAAAAGUGAAACUGAAGGUGCAUUAUCACUACCUUCCAUAAAUCAAGAAAACAGCAACUUGGCUGCCUUUAGUGGAACCAGUGAUGAAGACUUUUUGUCUCUGGAUCCAUUGAUGGACAUCAAAAUAGAACCAGAGGAAUUCUGUGAGUCUAAUGAAGAUGAUGAAUAUUCAUAUGAAAUUAAUUCAACAGUGAAUGAAAAACAUCCACAAACUUGCAAAAAGGAAGUAAAACAAGAAAGAAGAAAUAGUCUCAAUGGAGAGAAGCCUUUCAGAUCAACUGACUGUGGGAAAGCAUUUUAUAAGAAAAUUAAUCUUACAAAUGAUAUUACAAAUCCUACCAGAGAGAAAUUCAUGUGCAAUGAUUGUGGGAAAAAAUUUUCCCAGAAACAAAAUCUUCAACUUCAUAUGAGAAGCCAUACUGGAGAGAAGCCGUUCAUGUGCAACGAAUGUGGGAAAGCAUUUUCCCAGAAAUCAAAUCUUACAAGUCAUAUGAGAAUCCACACUGGAGAGAAUCCAUUUAUAUGCAACGAGUGUGGGAAAGCAUUUUCCCAGAAAAUAAAUCUUAUAGUUCAUAUGAGAUUGCAUACUGGAGAGAAGCCAUUCAUGUGCAAAGAAUGUGGGAAAUCAUUUUCCCAGAAAUCAAGUCUUACACAUCAUAUGAGAUUUCAUACUGGAGAGAAACCAUUUAUGUGCAAAGAAUGUGGGAAAUCAUUUUCCCAGAAAUCAAGUCUUACACAUCAUAUGAGAUUUCAUACUGGAGAGAAGCCAUAUAUAUGCAACGAAUGUGGGAAAGCAUUUCCCCAAAAAUCAAAUCUUAUAGUUCAUAAGAGAUUGCAUACUGGGGAGAAGCCAUUCAUGUGCAAAGAAUGUGGGAAAGCAUUUUCCCAGAAACCAGAUCUUACACUUCAUAUGAGAUUGCAUACUGGAGAAAAGCCAUAUAUGUGCAACGAAUGUGGGAAAUCAUUUUCCCGUGAAGCAAAUCUUACAAGACAUAUGAGAAUCCAUAUGGGAGAAAAGCUAUUCAUAUGUAAGGAAUGUGGGAAAGCAUUUUCCCAGAAAUCAUAUCUUACAAUUCAUAUGAGAAUCCACACUGGAGAGAAACCAUUCAUAUGCAAGGAAUGUGGGAAAGCAUUUUCCCAGAAAUCAAAUCUUACAAGUCAUAUGAGAAUCCACACUGGAGAGAAUCCAUUUACAUGCAACGAGUGUGGGAAAGCAUUUUCCCAGAAACCAAGUCUUACACUUCAUAUGAGAAUCCACACUGGAGAGAAGCCAUAUAUGUGCAAUGAUUGUGGGAAAGCAUUUUCCCACAAAGGGAGUCUUACACGUCAUAUGAGGUUGCAUACUGGAUAGGAAAAAGAAACAACAUGAUAAAAUAAACCAGUUAAGGCAGAGAUCUCUCAAAUGACCAAUUAUAUGAGAGAUCAAAAUCACUCACAAAAUCUGCUCAAGAAAAUAAGGUAUAUAACGAAAAAAUACAGAAUAGGGGAUGAACAAAUGAGUGGAAAACUGGCAGAACACCAAGCCAACAUAAAGGCCCUAGCUUCACAAAUAGGAAACAAACAACAGAAGAUAAAAGUAAAACAGAUAAAUAGGCAGUUUGGUGAAAAUGACGAAAGAAACAGUUGAGGUACGAACACCUCCGAGCAAGGAAGACCUAGAGAGAUUUCGGAAGCCACUAUUUGAAGACCCUAGACAACACCAAGAGAAUUCAUGGAUUGACACCAUUAGGCAGAAGAACAGCCGGAAACAGCAAAUGCCACCAGUAAGGUUCACCAUCGAAAAAGUAACAAAGAAAAUAAAAGAAUAUAAUAAUUUCAAGAUAACAGUAAUAGCAAGACCCCAAUUUCUGGCUAAAAAGAUCACAGCACUACGUCACACUUAUGCACAAGCCUUCUCAAGAGUGGCUGAAGCAAGAAAUACCAACUUUCUCCUUAAAAGCUCAGAGACUGAGCUCCCAAACAAAUAUAGGCCCAUCUGCUGCUUUCCAACACCCUACAAAUGGCUCACAGGAGUCUUAGCAGCUAAUAAACAAAAUAAUAUUAGAAGAUUGUAAGAAAAGACAAAGGAAUCUUAAUAUGGCUUGGAUAGAUUACAAGAAGGCAUUUGACACCGUGCCGUGCACCUGGAUAUUUAAAUAUAUGGAAUUAGACAACAUCAAUGAGGAAAUAAGAUCUUUCUUGGCAGCAGAGAUGAGUAAGGGGAAGACCACUCUCUGUCUAAAACACUCUGAGGGCCAGAUAGUAAUUCCAGACAUUAAGAUCCAAAGAGGAAUAUUCCAGGGUGACAGCCUCUCACCACUUCUAUUCUGCUUGACCAUAGAUCUGCUUAGUAAAAUCUUGAACAACAUUAACACUGGCUAUGACCUAAGUAAAAGCAGAAGCCGAAAAGAGAAUAAAAGAGUGAACCACCUGCUCUUCAUGGAUGACCUGAAGUUGUUUGCAGACUCAGAAGAAAAAUUGGAAGAACAAGUUAGGACAGUCCACCAAUUUUCAAAUGACACCUGCAUGGAAUUUGGGUUGGACAAGAGUGCCACGAGUACAAUAAAGAGAGGGAAGAGAGUAACAUCAGAAGGUAUAAAGGUAGAGGAAGGCAUAUCUGUUGAAGACCAGGCAGAGGAGUACUUGGGAAUAGAAGAAAACACUGGUAUAGAACGCAAGAAAGUGAGAGAAAAGAUAAAGAAAGAAUACAUCAGCCACUGUCAUAAACCAGCUGGCAAUACCAUUGGUGACAUAUGGUUUUGGCAUUGUAGACUGGCCACAAGGUGAGUUAGACAGGAUGGAUAUUAGAAGAUUCUCACCCUACAUUAAGUCACAUACAGACACCAGUGUAUGGACAUAAUAUACCUCCCUCACAGAGAAGGUGGAUUAGGCCUGGCUGAGAUCAACCAGGCCUACAUAGCAGCAAUAAUAAGUCAAGGGUAGUACUUAAAAAGCUCUGAGGAUGAAAACAUAAAAAAGUUGCCCAACACCAUAAUGGAGCCGUGAGCCAACUAACAUCAGUAGCAAAAUAGGCUAAGAACUCCAGCAAAAAAUGAUAGCCAGGAAGACCAAGCAGAAAUACAGUCCCAGAGAGGAGAAACUUAGAAUGUAAAGGUGGAAAGACCAUGGAAGGGCAGAAAGAUUUCAAGACGAACUGGAAAAAAGUUACAUAGACAAAGAAGAGUCACUCAGAUGGAUAAGAAAUGGAGAUCUAGGUUAUGAUGGAGAAAGACUGAUAAUAGGAGCAAACCCUGUCAAACCCUGCUUGCAGAUGGUCACUACACAGCCCGCCACAACAAGAUCGGUAAAUAUAUACAUUGGAAAAUAUGUAAAGAAUACAGAACUGAAGUGAAAGAAAGAGUGUGGGAGCAUGAACCACAUCCAAUCACCUCCAACAGGAAGAUAUAUAGAAGGAGGUGCUAUAAGACCUGCUAUUGUCAUCUGGAACAAUGAGGAAUAAACAGCAAAGAUUAUAAAUGUGACAGUACCCAGUGACUUUGGCCUCAAUAGAGCUUAAAGGCAUAAAAUAACAAAAUACCAAGACCUGAAGAAUUACCUGAAAAGCACAUGGGAACUGAUGGAAAUAUAUAAAACAAUACCUUUGGUGGAAGGAGCAACAGGACUUAUAAAGAAAAACCGGAGAAAAUAUCUUCAGGUUAUACGAAAUUCCCCAGUAUAAAUGAGGUGCAGAUUGCUGCUCUCAAAGCAAUGGCAAACACCUUGAAACGAGCCCUUGGAUAUAAGGCUAGUGGAAUAUGAAGGUGCAAUCAUAGACCCCAGGCUGGAGCCCAUUGCACCCCUGAUAUAAAUUGAAAAUUAAGAAUAACAUAAGCCAGAGAGAAACCACAUUGUUGCUCUACAUGUCAAAAAAGUUUUUCCCAACCAAGUCCUCUUAAAAGACACGAGAAUUCACACCAGACAGAAACUGUUUACUUGAUCUCUGUCCAAGUAGUUUUUAUUACAUGAUUUUAUUUAACUUGACUCCUGCGUCUGUUUUGAAUGAAGGUGUCUGAAAAGGUAUGUGAAAACUCAUGCUAGAGAGAAGUCAUAUCCUGUAUCUGCAUUUGGUUUCCAAGAGUUCUUUUUCAUUAGGUUUUUUCAUUAGGUUCAUCUUAGAGUGAAUGUGUUAACUGAGAAGAAAGACGAUGUUGAAACAGUUUUUCUCUCGUAGAUUCAUAACAUAUGUGAGCACUCAUGGAGGAUAGAUAUUGUUCUUUUACACUGCCUGUUGUACUUUUGUCUUGUAUUCUGCAAAUCACAGUCAUUGGUUCUGAAUGCCAGACUGUUUUUCAGGUGUCAAAAUGCACAAGCAAAGUCACUCAUCAGAGACAAUGUUCAGUUUCGCUGACAGGUUUGUUAAAGUUUUCCACCACAAAGUAACUUACACUUGAUGUGGAGAUGUGAACCUGUCUGCAAAAUCUAUAGAAAAAAAUCAAAAGCAACCUAAGGGACGAUAAAAAGAAAAACCAUAUUUAUAUUUUUAUGAUCCAAUUCGUGACCAUCAUCAUUGCUGUUACUCAAAGAAGAGAAGGAGAAUCUGGAGGAGGGUCUCACUGAAAAUGCAGAUGAAGGCUCUUCAUUUGCAGAGUCUUUAUUAGAAGUCAAGGCAGAGCCAAAGUAUUAUGGCCAGAGCAAAUUUAAUGCAAAAUGGUUGUGUAACCUUCAUGCAAAGGUAAAAUAAAUUACUUAGUUUUUUCUUACAAUUUUUCUCAUUGAACACUGUACAGUGUUAGGUUAAGAAAUUUUCCUUUGCCUUCUCCACUUUUAUUGUUCCUGUAUAUUUUUUGUAUGAUUUCUAAAAAAAUAAUUAGUAUUGUCUUUGACUGACAUGAAGUUUUCUUCCUUUUGUUAUUCAGCAUUGUGCAUAUAUGCACUUGUAUAUGUAGUUGUAAGCUUGAAUAUUUCCAUGAAAUGUUAUUCUUAGUGGAAAUGGAAAGGAUUGAUAUCUACAUUAAACUUCAAUGAAAUUUAGCUGCAGUUUUAUUUGAUUAUUUUUUAUUAUAUGUUCUUGGUUUUAAUCUUCUACAAAAAAUGUGCUACAGCAUUUGUAGGUAAAUCAUAAUGCCUUGUAUUAGCCCACUAAGUACAGUGGACUGUGUAGUAUUUUGUUUUAGGUUAACCAGUCUGAAGUGUUGAGACUAGACUAGUUAUGUAAAUUACUAAAGUGAUGUGUUAAUUUGAUUAGAUUAAACUUCUUUUU